CGAGAAAGCCGUGCUGUGGCGAGUGAGUAUGUUUGCUACAAAAUUCGAAUAGUAAUCAGUUAUUCCUUGGCUCGGCAUAACGUCUGUUGGAGCGCCGCGCUACGAAACACUUUUCGUUUUAAUGUAAAGUUUAUUUUAAUAAUACUUGGAUACAAAAAACUUUAAAUGGAAUUAAAGCACUCAAUGUUAUUUUAUAGCUUUAAGGCGAGAUGUGACAUGUGUUCUGUGAUAGUGAGAAUUGUUUGAAAUGUGGACCUUCUUGAAGGAAUAGCCGUUCUUAAUGAAUCUAAGCUCGAAGGUAAUGCGAGGAGAAAUAACGGGGAUAUGUUUGCUGAUUGGUACUUUGGCGCUCAGUCCAGUGCUGGGUAGCGGUGCCUGCGAGCGAGGCAAAACCUGGUGGAACCCUGAGCUGAGCAACUGCGUUCUUUGCACUCGAUGCGACCCCAGACUCCUCGCAGUCAAAUACCCCUGCGAAGUUCACAGAGACACUAUUUGCCAACCUUUACAUGAGGUUCGCAUCUGGCCCUUCAACACUUCGAUUCGCAAAGACAAUGAUUCGAGCGCGAGUGAAUCUGAUGAUUACGAUUAUUAUGAGUACAAGGAUUACAGCGGUGAAGUGAAUGACAGUUCUAAUGAGUGGGGUGUACAAGCAUCAACAUUAGCGUUAGCGGCAAGUGGUUGUGUUGUGUUCUUUGUGGUCGUUGUGACGCUCUCCUUGUACCAUGCGAGGCAGUGGAGGCUUCUCAAACAAGCGCUUAAGUCAGAUGUAGAAGAGUUGUCAGCAAAGCUGAGACUUAUGGAGUCGGGGGAGGCGCCGGCCGAGCCAAUCGUGUCCACCGAUCACCAUCUCUACUGCAAUAUACACUUCGCCAAAGAUGCCUUAAUAGGUCCCGGAGCUAAGGGGUGGGGUAACGUGUACACGCAAGGACACUCGCCCUGACACCACCGAGCAUGAAGUACAAGCGAACCUCGCGCGUAUUGAUAGCAGACAUAUUUUGUAAAACGAAAUAAACAAGUUAAUAGUA